AUGAAGCAUUUGUUUUUGGUGGUUUGGGGUUUGCUGUCUCUUCAGUGGGUACACAGCAGGAGUGAUGACAGGACAAACUGCAAGCCAUUUACAGCCAGCUUUUGUCAAGGUGUGGGGUACACCACUACCCUUCAUCCAACGGGAGUUCUAGGCUACAGCCUGCAGCAAAUUGGUCAGAUUGUGGAGACUGCUUGUUCACCGCAUGUUGCCAAACUUAUGUGUCGCAUUGUUGUGCCUGAAUGCAGCUCAGAGGACGAUAGCAGGUUGAAACCAUGCCGAGCUCUCUGUGUACAAGUCAAGGCAGACUGUGAAUCCACCCUCAGAGCAAAGCGGUUGUACUGGCCUACAAGGCUCCGAUGUGAGACUUUACCUGAGAGCAACUGUGUAGGGGCGUCAUCAGUCAUCAGUGUUACUCAGACACCGCUUUCAGCAUGUCAGCCAAUCACGGUUCCUUUCUGCAAAGACAUGACUUACACAGAAACUGUGCUGCCCAGGCAGGAAACCAAUAUAGCCUUAACAAUAAACCGGUUUAAUCCACUUGUGACAUCAGGAUGCUCCCCUCAUCUGAAGCCAUUCUUAUGCUCCGUCUACGUUCCUGAGUGUGUGUCAGGAAAACCUCGUCCACCUUGCAGAACGCUCUGUGAGCAUGCAAGGUCCAGCUGUGGAGCACAGAUGAGAAGUUUAAGUUUGGAGUGGCCCGAAGCUCUCAAGUGUGAAGCAUUUACCACAGAGUCCUGUGAACAUGCUCCAGUCAUCAGUGUUAGUCAAGCACCCUCUGCAGCAUGUCAGCCAAUCACCGUUCCUCUCUGCAAAGACCUGCAUUACACAGAAACUGUGCUGCCUGAGCAAGAAACCCAAGAUGAUAUAAGCUUGAAGAUACAUCAGUUUUCUCCACUUGUUAAAGUGGGGUGCUCCUCCCACUUAAAGCCGCUAUUGUGCUCCGUCUACGUUCCUGAGUGUGUGUCAGGGAAACCUCGUCCUCCCUGCAGAACUCUCUGUGAGAAAGCAAAGUCCGGCUGUGAGCCACUGAUGAACAAGUUUGGCCUAUCAUGGCCUGAAGAACUGAAGUGUACAGCAUUUACUACAGAGUCCUGUGAGCAUUAUGGAGUGAGCAGCAGCGGUGGGGUCUGUGAGCCAAUCACCAUACCAAUGUGCCAGGGUCUGUCCUACAACCAGACCCUCAUUCCAAAUCUUCUGGGACACACAAGCCAAAGAGAAGCAUUCACAAAGAUGUCCUUCUUCAACUCCAUGGUGCAAACCGUGUGCUCGGUGGACAUACGCGUCUUCCUGUGUCGGGUUUAUGCCCCUCAGUGUGAGGCAGGGCAAGCGCAGUGGCCCUGCAGGUCAUUCUGUGAGAAAGCCAGACGGGACUGUGAGGGACUGAUGUCCAAUUUUGGCAUUUCCUGGCCAGAAGAGCUGCAAUGCAGCUCAUUCCCAGAGGAAACGUGCAUAUCAGAAGAAAAAAGGCCUAAGGUAUUUCAGUUCUUCAGAAAUUUAAAGUAA